AUGUUGACGUUUUUCGCACCACUUUUGUUCCUCGCACAAAGCGCUGCCGCUGCGCCUGUUGAGAAUGUCGCUACUGCUGCAGCGACGGUAGGCAAGAUCCGCGGCGUGCGCGAUCCGAUUUAUCAUCUUUAUCUGCAAGCCAGCCCAAAGAACUCAUCAAAACCCGUUCUUGGACCCGAAUCUGCAGCCGAGGAAUUUACUAUCGGUGGAACAAUUCAAUCCAAGAAAACAAAUCAGUUCCUCAACAUCGCUACUGCAUCGACGAGUUAUAAGCCACUGGUUUGGGGCGCAAAGGGCGACACGACGGCGUGGGGGCUUGAGGGUGAUACGAUUAUUACGAUGCAAGGAAGUAGCUAUGGACGACGUGACAGGGUCGGAGUCGUCACCGGUGCAAACAAGGGCAUUGGCCUAGCCAUUGUGCGCCAACUUGCACUCCAGUAUCCCAAGUCGCCGCUCAAUAACGGACCUUUCUUGAUUUACUUGACUGCACGCGACCAGGGCAGGGGAGAGGCAGCUGUGAAGAAUCUUGAGCAAGAUGCGCAACUCAAGCAAGCAAAAGCCCUCAAAGCCGAUGGCGGACUCUCAGAGAUCAAAUUCCACCUCUUGGACAUCACAAGCAGCGACAGUAUCAAGAUACUUGCAGAUCACCUGAAGCAAACCCACAGCGAUGGCAUCGACUUUGUAAUCAACAACGCCGGUAUCGCUCUCGACGGCUACAACGCCGACCUCGUGAAAAAAACACUAAACUGCAACUACUACAAAACCCUCGAAGCAAGCCACGCCUUCCUGCCCCUCCUCAAACCCACCGGCCGCCUCAUCAACAUUGCCUCCAUGUCCGGCAAACUAAACAAGUACUCCGAGCCCGUCCGGAACCGCUUUCUCGCUGCAAAAUCCGAAGCCGACAUCACCGCCAUCAUGCAAGAUUUCGUCGCCGCCGUCGAAGCCGGCAAAGAAAAAGAACGGGGGUUCCCAACUGCGGGAUAUGCGGUUAGCAAGGCGGGACUUAUUGGCGCAACGAAGAUUCUAGCGAAACAGGUCAAGGAGAGUGGGAGGGAGGGCUUGCUGGUCAAUGCUUGUUGCCCGGGUUAUGUGAAUACGGAAAUGACGAAAGGGAAUGGGACGAAGACGCCGGAUGAGGGGGCGCGGACGCCGGUGUUGCUGGCGUUGGGGGAUAUACAGGGGAAGGCGGAUGGGUUUUGGCAGGAUGAGAAGGAAAUUGAUUGGGUUGGAGAGUUGAAGGGUUGA